AUGACACGUUUGAGCAGCAUUAUGUACUUUCUGCAGCAGAUGAAGAAGCUGGGUCUUCCCAAGACGCUGUUGAUCCAGGUCUACACCGCAGUCAUCGACUCUGUCCUGUGCACAUCCAUCACGAUCCGGUCCAGAGCCACAGAACAGAAAAGGAACAGGCUGCAACGAACAGUAAAGACCACUGAAGAAAUCAUUCAUGCUUCCCUGCCCACCUUCCAGGACUUGUGCUCUUCAAGAACCAGGAAACAGGCAGGGAAAAACCCUGGGCAGCUCCUCCUCCCCGAUGCUCCCCAAAGCUCCCUCUACUCCAAGGACGAUGUACAGCUGGGCUCUAAAAACACCCUCGUCUGUUACAUCACUGGCUUCUACCCACCUCACGUCGGAGUAUCGUGGACCAGGAACAACUCAAAUGUGAUGGAUCGAGCUUCUCUCAGCAGAUACUAUCUUAAUGAUGAUGAAACCUACAAUCUGGUCUCCACUCUGAGCUUCACUCCAGAGCAGGGCGACAUCUACACCUGCACUGUGGGGCACACGGCCCUGGACAGACCACUGACCAAAACAUGGGAUGUGCAGGUGGCUCUGCCUGGUGUGGGUCCGACUGUGUUCUGUGGAGUGGGUCUGGCUGCUGGACUGCUGGGAGUCGCUGCUGGAACUUUCUUCCUCAUCAAAGGAAACAACUGUAACUGAGAGUCUGACU